UAUAAUUAACAGCCCCGCUCUAGAAAUCUGGGUCACUAGCUUGAAGCCAGAUUGUUGCGACACAUUUUUGACUGAAACUGGAAGUCAUGGAAGUCCAAGACCUGGUGAGGCAUGACUGGGAUGUUGAUUUUUACGAUGACACCAGCUUAAACUGUCCUGUUUCGGAGCAACUUGCCAAUGUGUGGGACAAACCAACAGUGGUUAAGUGCAAAAGUUCUCGCUCAUUUGCCAAGGAUGCAAGGAUGAGACUUGACUAUUUGAAAUUUGGAUCCCAAGUACCCCGCGGGGUCAAAGAAGGAGCAAUGCAUCAUGGUGAGAGUGAAAAAAACCACACUGUGUUGGAUUUAGUGGAGCUUCUUGAUAUCAAGGAUGAGGUGGAAGAUGAAGAGAGCUGGCUAUACGAGUCUCCGGAAACGGCAACAUCAGUCUCCUCUCCUCUCAGAUGGUGUCGACACGUCCUGGAUAACCCGACUCCUGAGACGGAGGCCGCAUGUCGUUUGCUGACAAAUGAGCUGAACCAAAAUUCAAGCCGAAGCGUCUUCUACAGGCAGCCUGCAGUGCAACCUCAGAGGGAUACAUACACAUAUGUCAACACUGUGCGCAACACCUCUGACAGUUCAGAAAACAAUGAUGUGAGUAUGACCCAUCAAGCCAUAAGCAGCAACUACAAACUGGAGGACAUCACCGAUGUACACAUCAUGGCUCGUAUACAAGAAGACAGUUUACGACAGGACCAAGUUUCAGCUGGAAGUAGCUCCGAGCCACAAGUCACACUUCGCCAGCAAGUCGCCCAGUUCAAGUUGCUUAAAAGAGCUCAGAAUGGAGCCAGGACACAGUCCCCCUUGCGGACCAGCCUUCGCUCGCUCCAAGCAGUGAGAAACAGUCGUAGUUUGGACAUGGACGACUACCUCCCUGCUCAUCAAGCAUCAAACACCUUUCUUCCAUCAGCUGUCUCCUCUUCCAGAAUGGAGCGGCAUUGCGGCCCUUCGUCCGUGAACGCCAACGACUCGUCAUCACACUUGGAGAAAAGCUGUUCAGUUCAGAAGAUGGCCGUGAGGGAGGUGCAGAGGUCUCAGUCCCUCAGUCCCCGCAGACUCCCUCAUUCUGCUAAGAGAUAUUUGUCCUUCACUUCAUGUGUGCAUGCAUCACCUGACAGGAUAACAAGCACAGCUUGGGGCAGCAAAAUGUCUUCCACUCCACGCUGAAUGUUUAGGAUGAGAGGAUAAUACUACAGUAUAGUCUGCUUACUUCUGUGCUGCAAUGUAUACUGGAAAAAGUCAUAUGUGUGUGUGAAUGUGAGUGGAUGUUGUCUAUCUGUGUUGGCGAUGAGGUGGCAACUUCUCCCACCCAGCCCACCCCGAGAGGUACAAGUGGUAGAAAAUGAAUGGAAGGAUUGCUAUGAGGUCAUGCACUUCACAACUAUUAUUUGCUGUUAUAAUCUUCAUUUCUAGCAUUUAAACUGAGAAUGUAUGCAGUUUCUGGGGCCAUUCCACAACAUUAAAUGUGUAUGAAAAAAUUAACUGUAAAAUAGUUGUUUUUUUAUUUAUUAAACAAAGUAUAAUGCACAUUGACCUGAAUGUACAUUUAAUAAAUAUUAUUUAAUUUGAAUUGAACACUGAAAAAAAUAUUUGUUACCUGCCCUUUAUCUAAAUUAGGCUUUAUUAUGAAAUACACUGUAAAAUAUUUCUUACAUGUUUGCGUUACUCCUUAUCCAACUAUAAUUUACAAAUAUUUUUACUAGUAUUUUUGUUAAAAUUCCCACUAUAGUCCCUGGGUUUUUACUCAGCCCUGUUACCCUAACAGGGUCAAACUCAAGGCCGGAGGGCCAGAUCUGGCCCGCCACAUCGUUUUACGUGGCCCGCGAAAGCCUGAAAGUAAUAUGCAUCAAUAAAGUAUUUAAUCUUUCUUACGUAUUCGUUCAAUUUUGACCGGAAAAUUGCAUGUAUUGCAUACAACUGCAUGUCUUCUAAACUAUCUGACCUUGCAAAAAACAUUAUAUUAACACAUAGGUGUCCAAAGUGCGGCCCGCAGCUCCAGUUUUGUUGGCAUAUUGUUGGAUAAAAAGUAACAGUAAUAAUGCAAAAAAAAAAAGAAAACAUUUGAGAUGUAAAAAUGCUAUACUAAUAAUUUAGGGGUGUCCAAACUUCUUCCAACAAGGGUUGCAUACUGAAAAGUCAAAGUAUGUGGGGGGUUAUUUAGAUUUUUUUUUUUUUCGUAAAGAAAAAAGAUUAAAAAAGAUCUUAUACAUUCUGUAUUUAAAGACAAAACUUAAGGUCGGCUUCUUGUUAGUAAUAGACUCAAAAACUCCUUUGUCCCACACGCCAUUAGACUGUACAACUCCUCUCUGGGGGGCAGGGGGGGUACUAGGAUGACAGGGGAUGCAAGACAAUAACAGUGAAAUACUUUUUCAUAACAUGGUCACUACUGCCUAGUUUCUCUUGUUAUAUUCGUAUUUUACUGUUAUAUUUUUGUUCUCAUCGUUGCUUUUUAUUUUUAUUCUAUUGUAAUAUUUUUCUAUUUUGUCUCCAUUUAUACCCCCACUAUUUACUUUUUACUUUUUACAAUUUUGUUCACUGCUGCUGGAAUUUAAAUUUUCCUGAGGGAACUCUCCUGAAGGAAUCAAUAAAGUACUAUCUAUCUAUCUAUCUAUCUAUCUUGUUAUAAGUGACACUGACAGUGUUUUAUUUUAGUAUAAAAAUUUUAGAUUUUGAUUAUUAUGUCUUUUUUUUAUUUAUUUUUACUGUUUUUUGCCUGCAUCUGUAAUAAUUAAUAAUUGUACACUUUGUCACCUAUAAAACAAAGCUGGCACUAAGUUUUAUCUUUAAUUAUGUCAUGUAUGUUCAUAGCAAUUUCUUACCAAAUAAAAAUAUAUCAGAAUGGUUCCCACAUACUUUGACUUUUUAGUAUGUUGUAAAAAGUUUCGACACUUAUGUAUUAGUAACAUAUAUUCCAAACAUUUUCUGUUAGAAUAAAAUGCUUGUCCCCUUGACUUAUGAUUUUAAAAGCAAGUAUGUUAUCCAUCAAUUUGUAUGUGGAAAAAAAAAACUAAUCUAUAGGGAAUUGUGUAAUAAUGAGGAUAUUAUACAUUAUAAUUCAUAUAUAUUUGCUGUUACAAGCGGCCCUCUGAGGGCAGACAUAAGUGUGAUGUGGCCUUAAAUAUAAACCAGUUUGAUACGCCCUGUGGUAAAUUCCACAAGUCACAUGAUCCAAAGGAAGAUGCAUCAUUCAGGUCCUCUGCAGAAAAGUAAGUUUAGGCAUUUAUUUUUUUGUAUAUUUAAUAUUUCAAUUUUGACUAUGAUUAAGAGCUAAAUAGUCCUGUCACCGAAAUGUUUAUCGUCAAAAUCACUCGAUGUAAAUAUUGUCAACAUGCUUUUAGUAUAAAUGCCAUAUGGUUAUAUUGCAAGUAUUUGCUAAUUCUAUGCUAAUAACUUGCUCCUGUUACUCAAAUGAGUAAUUUUUAUUCAGAUUUGGAACUUUGUACAAUGAAUACAAUGAAAUAAGGCUGCCUGAGAUGGGCCAAUACAUAUUUUGAGUAGUUUUAGAUUUAGAGUUAAAAAGACAGAAAUUGGAUUUUUUUUAUUUUUAGAAAUAAACGGUUCCGAUGCUGA